CUCCACAGAAGAGGUAACCAGUUCCUGAACCGGACGCGCAACCCUUUCCCUCCAGUUCUCCUGUCGUUUUACAGGUUUUGGCUUCACCACGAUGAGAAAAGUGGUUUUGGUGACUGGAGCGAACAGUGGCAUCGGCCUCGCGCUGUGCGAGCGUCUCCUCUCGCACGACACGCAGGGCCUGCUCCUCUGCUUGGCCUGCAGGAACGUGCAGCGAGCUGAAGCGGCGCGCGCUGCCCUGCUCGCCUCUCACCCGGCAGCCCUGGUGGACCUGCUGCAGAUGGACACCAGCAGCGUCUCCUCUGUUCUCAGAGCGGCACAGGAAGUCAAAGUCAGGUACGAUCGGCUGGACUACCUCUACCUAAAUGCCGGCAUCAUGCCAAACCCAGAAUUUGACGCCAAGGCCUUUUUUAGAGGCCUCUUCUCCAGUAAGGUGAUCACUAUGUUUGCCACCGGUGACGGGAUUCUGACUCAGAAAGAUGGCGUCACUCCUGACGGCUUGCAGCAAGUUUUUGCCACCAACCUCUUUGGUCACUUCCUUCUCAUUAGGGAACUGGAGCCGGUUCUGUGCCAAGACGGACGAACCUCGCAGCUGAUUUGGACCUCCUCUAGCAACGCUAACCGGUCCGCCUUCAGUCUCGAAGACAUACAGCACCGGAGAGGAACUCAGCCUUACAGCUCCUCCAAAUACGCCACAGACCUGCUCAGCCUGUCUCUCAAUCAGCACUACAACAAGCAGGGUUUGUACUCAUCUGUCGUCUCUCCUGGAUUUGUGAUGACAAACCUGACCUUUGGCAUUCUCCCAUCGUUUCCGGCCUUUCUGUGGGCCCUGCUCAUGCCCGUCUUUUGGCUGAUCAGGGUGUUCACCAACACUUUUACCCUGACACCUUAUAAUGGAUCUGAAGCUUUGCUUUGGCUAUUUAGGCAAAAGCCUGAAUCUCUGGACCCUUAUGCUAAAUACCACAGCCUGACAUCAGGGCUUGGAAACAACUACAUCCAACCACAUAAGAUGGACAUUACGUUUGAGACAUCAGAGUCAUUAUAUAUCAAAUUACUUCAACUUGAAAGUGACACGAGGAAGAAACUGGCAGAAACCCUGAAGACCUGAAGGACCUGGAUGAUCACACCCCUUGAAUUUAUCUGCAUUUCCAAUGCAACCUCAAACUUUGACGUAUAUUUCAUUGGGAUUUUAUAUAUUGGACAAAAGUGUUAGAUAAUUGUGAAGUGGGGAAGAGGGAAGGAUCAAUGGUUAUCGAAACAACCAAACAAUUCAGAAAUGUGGCCAACAUUUCUAUUUAGCUACUCUUGGUUGGUAACUUUGCUGCAAUUGCCUGCAGGUAGUUUUGGGUACGACUCACUGUUUUGUAAAAUAGCUCAACCAAGAAAACAACGCAUCCACUUAAAUAUGGAGCAGAUUAUAAGAAAAACAACAUAAGAAUAUUACCAAUUUUCUAAGAAGUUGGCGUCCACUCAUCGCAUCUCAAUCCAGGAGGGACUGUUUGUAAUCUGGUUGUCAAUCCCCAAAUUAUCCAGACAAAACGCAGCGCUGUCCGACAGCAGACUUUCAUUGUCAUCAUUAUCAUCAUCAUCGUUGUCAUCGUCGUCAUCCUCCCAGAAGUUGACAUAUGUGCUCUGUGUGAGCGUCUCCGCGGUGUACGGCGGCGCGGCCACUUGCAGAAGCCCGGCGGCGCGCCGGGCGUCCCGCUGCGGGGAGCCCGGCGCGCACAUCCAGCGGCGCUCCCUCGGGUCCCCGGCCCGGUUUCCCGCAGCGCACUCUUCCUCCUCCUCCGCUUCGCUCAACUUGGGGUUGCAAAACGCCCACACCAUUCCGCAGAAGUAGACAAAAAAUGUGCCCAUGACCAUCACCAUGAGCGCAUAGGACUCUAUCAUAGCUUUAGUGACUAGAGACGUCAUUUUGUUUUCCUUAUGGAGAGCGGGAGCACUGAUUGUGCUCAGAAGAGGCUCGGCGGGUCAUCGUCGUGAUCAUGAAUAAAGGGGGCCGGGCCUUAUAAACAAGAGAAAGUCUGCUUUCAAAGUACAAAUAAGAACACUUUUUCUUUUUCAUUUUCAAUUUACGUUUCAUUGUAAUGCUACUGUAUAGGCCCGCCAAUUUCUGAAGUGAGACAUUUUCACGGGGUUGUAAAUCCUCUUACGUCACUGUAUGACUUUGUGUGACAAUUUCACACAGCCACUGAUCAAUACUGGAAAGACGAGAGAACAUGCCAUUCAAGCAAUGUGUGCCGAUCUUAAAAUGGAGACAUGGGAAAGCGGCUUCCUUCAUGCUGACCAAACCUAUAAUCAGAGUAAUAAUUUAAAAGUUUUAAACUGUUAAUCUUCUCAACGGGGAACGAUGAUCACAGUGGAGGUUUUUACAGGGAAGUGCAGUAAAGAUGGACAGAUUUUGUCUCUGCUCGUUUGCAUAAUGGGAACCAAUUGUUUGAAAGUGAUGAAAGAAGUUUUUUUUUGGUCAUACCAUCACAAAUUUAAGUGUGGAGUUUGUUCAUCUGAAACUUUGACUAGGACCUUGUGCUUUGGUCAGAUGAAACGAUAAGAUUUAACUUGUUGACCACAAAUACUCCAAAUGGUUUUGCUGUCCCAUGGAGAACUUGGGAUGCUGUGGGCCUGAUAGGUCAUCACUGGGUCCUUUAGUAGAAUUAUUCACCAAACAUAUGGGCAGAUCAGCAGAAUUUACUCACUAGACCACCUUACCAGAUCAGAGAUCAGAAUCCAGUAGAAAACCUCUUUCUUUCAAUUUAUUCUGUAACCUUAUCAAAUGUUAGGAGAAAAUAUAUUUGAAAAAUUGGGGUACUGAUAGUUGUAGUCUGUGUGUUGUUAAAAAAAAAUUCUAUAUGUGGAACUUUGGACUUUCAAUUUUUCCCCUGUGUUUUGCUGUUGUGUGAGAUGCAGUUUCAACAUAAAUAAAUUACUGAA